AUGAUAAUAAACAAGGAAAAGCAGUUAAGAUGUGGUCACUUAUGCCGUAGUCCACCUCGACAUACCAUGGAAAUAGCAGCUACUAAAAUACAGGCAGCCUUUCGCGGUCACAUUGCUCGAGAGAAAUACGGCACAGUUCCUUCUCAUCAUCAAAACAGGCGUAAUUCAAUGGAGCACUUGUCAAGCAAGAUGUGCGAUGACGUUGCAAAGCGUCGUGCAUCAAAUCAGGAAUUUGGCAGCAUAGAUCCAGAAGAAGAACGGGCAGCAACAAAAAUUCAGGCUGAAUUUCGAGGUUACAUAACUCGUAAGCAUCUGGAAGAGAUGAAAAAAGAUGUGGCAACCAGUAAUGGCAAUACGGUUCACUAA